CCCUCCCGGGUUGGGGACAGUAAAGCAAGCGAAGGAUUGCCAGAUGAGAGCGAUGGAAAUCCACCAGUCACGCUAGGGCUUUGCCACAACCACAGAAGGCCCCAACAUGAUAGAGACAAGUACAGCCCGAGAUUUGUACCAGUGAUGUAGGUUUAUCCUCAUGGUCUCAUCGAAAGCAUGCGAUCUUUUGGACGGAUCGGUAUGACCUGAGUAGGUCGACGCUCUUCUGAAGUUGAGAGGCUGUUUGGUUUGGCCACCCAGUAUUGCAACUUCUCUAGGAUUUCGGCUGGUUAUUCCAAUUGCUAUUAGAGCAAUUUCGAAGGAGAAGUCUGCUCCAAAACUUUAUUGAGCAUUGCAGGCAUGCAUCAGCGCAUGCUUCAGUGGGAAUCAAAACCGAUCAGUAGUGGAUGUGGAUAUGGCGUGCUGGAUAUGGCGUGCUGCAUGAAAGGAUGGCGUGCGAGUCCGGAUAAACUCCGCAUGGCGACAUGCAACAACGACAGAGUCCAGGUAAGUUCGCCAGUAGUGGCACCCUGGCUCAUUCAUCUGAAGAGACAGGUUCAGGUUGUUUUUGAAGAGUUGUAGCUCGAGUAGAAGACAGAGACUUCCCAAGCUACCGAAAUACCAAGAUGGCGACGGUCACCAAUGGCCACACGGAGGCACCAAAGACGAAUGGCUCGAGCAGUACCGUCACACACAACGGCACCAAGAAGUCACAGGCAUGGAUCCUCAACGCCUUUGCCAUGAACACCCCAUGCCAUCUGUCACCAGGGCUCUGGCGACACCCACGGAAUAGGACGACCGAAUAUAAGAAGCUGAGUUUCUGGACAGACCUGGCCAAGACUCUCGACGAAGCCGGAUUUCAUGCUCUGUUCCUGGCGGACGUCCUGGGCUGUUAUGACGUUUACAAGGGACCGGCUAACCAUGGCCCAGCCGUUGGUGUGGGCGCGCAAUUUCCCGUCAAUGAUCCCUUGUAUCUCGUGCCUGCCAUGAGCGCCGUCACGAAGAACUUGGUGUUUGGGAUUACGGCGAGCACAACUUAUGAGCAACCGUAUUCGCUGGCCCGGCGGUUUUCAACGGUCGACCACUUGAGCGAGGGCCGGGUUGCCUGGAAUAUUGUGACGUCCUAUCUCGACAGUGCCGCGCGUAACUUCGGUUUGACCGACCAGGUCGAGCACGACAAGCGAUACGCCCUCGCCGAGGAAUACAUGGAGGUUUUGUACAAAUUGUGGGAGAGCAGUUGGCGAGAUGAUGCUGUGGUCGAAGAUAGAGAGACCGGCAUUUGGGCUGUGGCGGAUCGUGUCAGGCAGAUCAACCACAAGGGCGAGUUCUUCAGCGUCCCUGGGCCGCAUAUCUGCGAACCUUCGCCACAACGAACCCCAUUUCUUUUCCAGGCGGGUACCUCAAAGACAGGCCGUGCUUUUGGUGCGAAACAUGCAGAGGUGAUCUUUGCUGGCUCUCAGUUGCCAGAGAAGCUCCGCCCUUCUGUGGACGCCAUUCGCCAAUUGGCCCAGGAGCAAGGUCGCGAUCCUUACCAUGUAAAGGUCAUCGCCAGCAUGUGCGUCAUCGUGGACGAAACCGAUGCGGCUGCGCAAGCCAAGCACGACGAGUUACUCUCAUACGGCAACAAAGAAGGCGCUUUAGCGCUCUUCGGGGGCUGGACCGGUGUUGACAUGUCGGCCUACACCGAUGACGAAGACUUUAGAUUUGUCAAGAUGCCCAUGAUACAGUCGAUCGUGAAUGGUUGGACGGAUACCGUUCCUGGCAGUAAGGAUCUGAAGUGGAACAAGGAGAGGAUUGCCGAGUAUUUGAUCCUGGGUGGAUUUUCUGCAAAGGCGGUUGGGAGCCCAAAGACUGUGGUCGACAUACUCGAACAAUGGGUCGAAAUUGCUGACAUUGAUGGAUUCAACUUAUCCCAUGUCACGAACCCUGGCAGUUUCGAAGACAUUAUCCAGUUUGUGUUGCCAGAGCUCAAGCGUCGAGGUCAUUUCAGGUCUCCGCCGCAGAGAGAAGGUGAGACAGCUCGAGAGCAGUUCUUUGGUACGCCAUGGCUGCUUGACGACCAUCCUGGACACAAGUAUAGAUGGCGGGCACCUUCCUCUGAGUAGUUCAGUGAGGAAUCGCAUUCGAGGCCACUCGUCACAAUUCCAAGUCUCGCUCUGGGGUUGACACGCACGAAUUGGCAGCACUCCUAGGUAGACUCGUUCAAGGAAAGCAUUUGCAUAAAGCCAAGAAUGAAUAUCGAAAGCCCGGCAGGUGUUGAAAUCUUGCACGUUGCGAUAGGACUGCACGACGACCUGCUCAAGAACCAUCUCUUUCAGGGUGACUUCAUUCUAUUACUGACCUUUCAACGAUAGUGUGUUGCAGCAGCAUUUUAUCCAGAUCAUUACUUUCCCCUGAGGCAUCAUCGUGGCUCUUUUAGGGCUAAUAUACCGC